AUGGGGGUCGGGUCCCGAUCCUUCUCCGGUCGCCCAGCCCUUUCCUUGGCGCUGGCGCUCUUCUUCUUGGGAGCCCCGCUCUUCGGUUUGGGCUUCCUCGGCACGAGCCCCAACAGCGGCCCCGCUCGGCACGGUGCAUCCCAUCGCGGGACGAGCCGGAUUCAGAGGGCUGCAGUGGAGUGGUUGGAACCUUUGGAUCCAAAUCUCAAAGAGCUCGACGCAUCAGGUGAUGAAGAUUCCCUGGUCCUGCCAGUGUUUCCACUGGGUGGACCAUUUAUGCCCUACAGCAACCCCAGGCUGAACAUCUUUGAGCCACGUUACCGUGCGCUCUACAAUGACAUCUUGCUCUCGGGCUCUCGGCGCUUUGUGGUGACCUCGGCGGAUCCCGAGUCGCAGGCGGAGGUGCGCUUGGCUCAGGCAGGGGUGGUGUUCUACUUGGAUGACCUCAAGGAAGUCUCAGAAAUGACGCAAGACCAGGUGAAGUAUGUGUGCGACCACAAGGUGAUUGGCCGGGUGAGGAUCAAGCGUGUUCUCAACCCUUCCAGCUGGUUCGACCGGUCCACCUAUUUGCGUGCAGAGACAGUGGCCAUCGAAGAUGAGGAUCCCGAGGAGGAUUGCUGGCAAUUGGAGGGACAAGUGAUGGACCUGAUGCGGAAGCUGGAGCCCCUGUACAAGGAUGAGUUGCAGAAGCCCUACUGGCGAUCCGAAGUCCUCAACCAGAUGAACUCCAGCCGGGCGGAGCAGAACGGCCUUUGGAGCCUCGCGGAGCUAUGGGUGAAGCUGCUCGAUGCUCAACUCCAAAAUGCUCAGCAAGAGGAGAGAAAGAUGCAGGACAUCGUUCGGCCCUACGCCAAGUCUGAGACGGUGCGGAUCGAGGACUUGCCGGAAAGUGCCCGGAGCCAGAUUGGAAUGUUGAGGGAUGACUUCCAGGAGCAAUACAGAGGCCAGAUCAGGCGGCAAUUGGAGUUUGCACAGGAGAUGAUCCAAAGGAACAGUCACCAAAACCGCUUGGAGUAUUUCAAGGACAUUUUAGACGAAGAGUUCCGCACUUCGCUCGCGAAGAAGUCUCUGAAAAAUCUGGCUGGACCUGACGCCUGA